GCCUGCUCAAGUACGGGUGCCUAAAGGAUUCCGAAUUUUGUGUUUCAUCAUCAAGCAAUGAAGGAAUUACCGUAAAAGAUACUCCAGUGUUUGGACACCGCUGUUGACCACGUACUCGGUAAAUGUUGGUGAAAACCAGUUAAAGAAUUAAAAGAAAUGUUAGAUAUUUUGACAAUUUCUUAUUUUUUUAAUUUGCUUGUAGCUAACCCCCCAAAAUUAGCAAUUAGCUCAACUCUGUAGAUGGGAAACUCCGAAACUAUCUCAGCUCCGGCUCUUUCCUCUCACUCAGAGCGGGGAAAUUAACCAUCGACAUAUGGUUUGCUCUGCUCCUUGCCACCAAAACAAGCGAACCUGGUGUUUUUACCCAUAUUGUGCAACGUUCAUGGCACAGUGUCGACUCUGGCAGAAUUACCUGGUCCUCUAAAAGUCAAGUGUCCGAAGGUCGGCAGUGUUACAGCCGCCACUCUUCAGCUAACCCACAGCAGAUAAGGUUUUAUCUGGUCACACCAUCCUACCAGGCUGUAAACAUGACCAAUGUGAGCUGACUACGGCCGACCGGGGACUGGUUUGUGAUUCUCUGGGGAAAGAUUUGCUGAAAUGGGCAGUCAGAGAAACGUUUUGAGGAGGGAGAGCUUUAUUCUGUCAGUGGACGUCGGGACUACAUCGAUCAGAUGUCAUGUUUAUGAUAAGGAGGCCAAAAUCCGAGGAUCAUGCAGCGCCAAGGUAUGAAACCCUUAUGUUUUAAGUUCAGACCUCAACAUACUCACAAUUUUCUUGUUUAUCAAAUUCUGUAUUCAAUGUUUCUUAUGGUAUUAUACUUUGUCCAGAUUCACCUCUUGUAUCCAGAGGUGGGACAUGUGGAGAUGGACCCAGAUGCCCUGUGGGAAGGGUUUAUCACGGUGGUCACAGGAGCUGUUCAAGGUACAGAAACAACACACACUUCAGUUGUAAGGAGCUGGACUAGAUGUGCUUUUGUUUACCUGUUGAAAGGCAGACCUAAAAUUAACUGUAAAACCACAUGUUGUUAACACUACAGUAACUUGUAAAAUUUUAUUGUUGUUUUUUUCCACAAAGAGGAAAUAUGAAGCAACACACUGAAGCAAUAAAGAAAUAAACAAUAGUCUCACUGCUGUUAUGGUUUUCUUGUAGAGUUCAGAAUGUAAUUCAGGUGUUGACUCAACUUUAUUUACUCUACAGACUGAUCCUCAGUGCUGAUAUUUGACUGUUUGAAACUAGCUCUUUCAAGUGGAUUUUUCCCACUUAUGUAUCACUGACUUGUUUCAUUAUCAGUCAUGUUAGCACAUUACAAAGCAUAUAAACUUUUAAAAAAAGUCUUUUACAAAAGCUCAAAUCUCUUCCUGUUUCUCAGGUUGAAGUUUCAGUUUCUUUUUGAGAUUUUACAUGACUUUUCCUCCUGUUGUAGAUGCAGGAGUCCAGAUGCGUCAGAUUGAGGCUCUUGGCAUCUCCACCCAGCGAGCAACUUUCACGACAUGGGAUCGGUUAGACAUAUUAGAUUUAUUAAGAUAAAAUUUCCUGCUACCACUCAAAAAAAUGCUGAAUUUUGGGGCAUACUUAGAAGAUGCACCCUAGAAAAGCUGUCCAACCUGCUUUCACUUUUCUUAUUUCUCUAAACUUCAGUUUAUUUAUUCUCUUUACUUGUGACAGGACGACUGGAGUACCGUUUCAUAACUUUAUCACCUGGCAGGAUCAGAGGGCUGCGGACCUGGUGAGGUCCUGGAACAGAUCUUGUACAAUGAAAGUAAGUGUGAACACCUGUCAUUCGCUUUUAGGAGUUCACAUUUAACAGGUAACAGCUUAAAAAAGGUGCUUUUAAUCAUCACAAAAACUAGUAAGAGUUCUGAAUGAUAUUUUAGAUGUCCAGUCUACAUUAUGUUUUGUUUCCAUGACGAUCUCAGGCCAUCCACGGGCUGAUGAAGGUCCUCUACUUCCUGACGAGACAGAAGAGGUCGCUCGCUGCAAGUCUGAUUAUCUUCUCCACCCAACAUGUCACCUUUCGCCUCGUCUGGGUUCUAACACACUACAAACAGGUGUGUGUGUGUGAGUGUGUGAAAGUUAACUUAAUCAGUGAUAGAAAGCAAAGUGUACAGCAGCUGCAAUGACCCCAGGUCACCUCUGUUGUAUUAUAAAUUAGCUCAACUUUAAGAAUAAAAACAUUUUUAAAAGCAUUUUUACAGCAAAACACUCAAGAAAUAAAUAUAGAUGGAGUGAGCCCUGAGGAAAUAUUGAGGCCACACUAAGAACGUAAGAAGAGAUUUUGAAAAUACAGCAGCGAUAUGUAUUAAAACAAAGUCAUAAUAUUACAAGGAUUCAAUUUUGAAGUUAUAACAAAGUUGUAUACAUCUAUGAUCAAUCUUUAUGUAAAUAACAUAUACAAGAGAGAGAUUUGAGAGGCAGCAGCAGUCUUUUAGCCGGCCUUUCUUCAUAGUGGACUUAAUGUCUUGCCCAGUUUGUUCAAGAUCCUGAUAUUUAUAACAUGGUGCUGAUGUGUUCAAAGGCUGAAUAUUCAGUUAUAUGUUCACAAAGGUUGCUAUGAAACCUAUACUCUAGUUCUACGUCACAAGUUGCUCCAGGUUACUAUAUAAAGCACAAGCAGCUGCCAGCUCCUCUUAGCUUCCCCUUCAAAACAACAUAAACAAACCAUAGCCUAAACUUUUUUGUCUCGUUAAUUUACAGCUUCAUUCAGGCAAAUGUACAACUUUAUACCGGAAACCUCAUAUGUUUUCUUGUAAAAUGUGUGUUUACUUCUGACAUACUUCUUGACAUAAUGUUUGAGUCACAAUUAAUCACAAACUUUUUUUAUUGUUGACUCAAUCCAGGGGUUAUUCACUCCAUCAAAACAUUUAAAACUUGAUUCAUCAUGUGUUACUCAUAACAUCCUAAAGCUCAAACUCUGUAUUUUACUAAACCAACAGUCCAGAUCACAAAUUUUCAGUUUUUUAAUCCUGUAAAUAGCCCAUUAGCAAAUAAUCCUUACACUUGAGAAGACAGCCAUGUCAAUAUUUACUAUAUUGGUUUAAAAAAACAUCACCACCAUUAUAAAAUAACAAUAAUUUAUUGUAAAGUACAUGCCCAGAUUACUUGACAAGACAGGGUAGAUUGAGAAAAACCUACGAUCAGAAUUAGACCCAAUGUAAAAUGAUACACAAUAAUGAGCAAACAUAACAACAAAAUCAGAUAAAGAGAAAGAGGGAAAGAUAUUAGCAAGGUUAACUCUAGUUAACGGCCAGAUUGAAAUGAAAAGUCUUUGUUUGCUCUCUGAACAUCCGAGACACACGAUGAAUCAUCUAAAAGUGUACGUUUGGGUGUAAUACAAAAAGCAAUCAGCGAUAUGAGAAGUUGUUAAAUUAUGUAUGGCUUUAUAGAGAAGUGAAAGGAUAUUAUAAUCUACUCUCAGGAGCAGAUAGUCAGUGCAGUGAUGUGUGCACUGAGCAGAAGGUUUAAAUGAUCCUUUUUCUCUGUAAUGAUGAAAAUCCUUGCUGUAAUUUUUAACUUUAUGUAUAAGAUACUUAUUCAGCUCAUAGUCUCAGUGAAUAAAUUUAGAGAUUAAUGCUCUAAUCUGUCAGCUCACUGUGAUAUUAUUAAGUGUCAGAUAAUAACCGUCCCAUUUGCGGUGAAUUUAGGUUAAGCAGUCCCUGUCAUUUAGAUAUUCCUGGGUAUAACUGUGUACAACCCUCACUUGCUGUGAAUUUGACAGGAUUUAUUACUUUAAAAAAAAACGGUUUAACAAGCAGCUCAACCAUCAUGCAUUAGUUUUUCAGCAUCACCUUGUUUUUUUUUCUCUUAGGUUCAUCAAGCGAUCACUGAAGGAAACUGCUGCUUUGGAACGAUCGACUCCUGGCUGCUGUUCAAACUCACUAAAGGUGUGUUUGGCAUGCGGAGCUUCUGUUAAUCUCCUGUGAAUGGCCUCACCAAACAACUUUUUUUUUUUCCUGAGAAAACAGAGCAGCAACAUAUGAUUAGUCGAGUGGAUUACAUUUCUCGCAGUGUCCAACAGGGCUUUAAGGGCCAGACUGAAUGUUCUCUGUGUUUCCAGUCCUGUUGCAUCACUGAUUGGAUAAAAUUCCUCAGAAAUGUUUCAGCUAACUCCAGCGGGAGCAGAAAAGAGGGAGGGGAGCUGUGAAAAAAAAACUCUUUUUGCUUUUGGAUGAAGGUUAUUUGAUACAUUUAUCAUUGAUUAUUCUCCAGGACGUGUCCAUGCCACAGACUUCUCAAACGCCAGUACCACAGGAAUUUUUGACUCUUAUCAGGUGAGAUGUUUACAGAAUUUUCUUUUUUUUUUGCAUGAGCUUUUUCAUUUUUUUAAUACUCCCAUGUGACUUUUUCACAGAUGUGUUGGAGUGGGUUUCUCAGCACUCUUGUCUCACUGCCUCUUUCAAUUUUUCCAAAAGUAGAAAAUACAGGGUGAGUCAACCAUUUCCCUUUAACCAUUACUUUUUAGAUCUAGUCUUGACCUUUUUAUGUUUUUAGGCUGGUUGUUGUGCAACUCUAUAGGUAUUUUCUAUGUCGCACACCACAGUUUGGGGUUUGUUUUUGGGGGGUUCAGAUCCAACCAAGUGAUUAACUGCAGCCUGCUGUUACAGCUUUUAUCAAGCCUCACAGCAAAUAUUCUCCAUUAAGAAAUAUGAGUAGUUGAAAGAGAGCAGGAUGAGAUGUGUGUCAAAACGCACUAUUUAUACUAGUAAUAGACAAAUUCAGCAGAGGCAGCUUUUCCACAGGGGGGGCACUAAAAUCAACACAAACCAAAAGUGUAAGGAGAAAAGAGGGAAAUACCGGCGUCUCCCGUUUCCCUGUUCCAGAAAACACAAAAUUUCACUGUUUCAGAUUCAAAAAAUGUAUCUCGAUAUGAGUGGGAGCAGCUCAGUGUGUCUCUGUGAUCUCUUAUGGUCAUCUGUUAUCUUGAUUAUGCGUCUUUGAGAUAGCAGGAGAACGCCAAAUCACAGGCUUCAGACUUUGAGCCAGGUUUUUGUUGGUCUAUUGCUACGUUCGAGUUACCUCAGAAGUCAGAUGUCUGAGAUGGGAAUGAUGUCACACUCAACAUCACACACCCGAGUUACCAGCAGUUACCAAUUUGGAAAAAAGCUAAAUCAAAGGCGGAAACAAGAUGGCUACAUCUACGAAAGUUAUUUUAGCACUUGCCUUGACCUUGCUUAUAUUUGGACAAGGCAAGCGCUAAAAUAACUUUCGUAGAUGUAGCCAUCUUGUUUCUGCCUCCAAUUUUGCAUUUUUCCGACUUAGACUGGUAACUUGGGUGUGAUGUUAUUCCCAGCUCGGACUUCUGUCUUCUGGGUUGCUCGAACACUGCAUAAGGUUCAUGCCUGGUCUGGAUUUUCAAGAUAGCAACACAUCACAAAACUGACACACCCAUGGGCGUAAGCAAGUUCCCUUGCUAUAUACACAAUACACUGGGUGUAAAAGUGACAAGUACAUCAGGUGGAAAAUAAGUACACUUGCACUGCAUGCCAGAACGCUUUGAGUUUGUCUGAUUUGCUUUUGUUGGAACUGUAGAGACAUUAGUAUCAAAUUCAGCCUGUUUUACAACCUGCUAAAAAUCACUCACAGGAGCUUUAAUGAUGCCUAAAGUAUGCUAGACUCUAUACAAGUGUUUUUGCCCUCUAUUUCUUUAGUACUGUUUACUUUUGCCCCUGAUGUGAUGCUCUGUUGUGGUCUUUCCCGCAGUUGUGACUUUGGCUCCACUGACCCCUCUAUUUUUGGAGUUUCUAUUCCCAUCAUGUCAGUGGUGAGUUGUCCAGGUCUGCGACCUCACAUACCCUCUUAUCUGUGUUGUUAAGAUCAAAAGCUAUUGUAACCAUAUGAUUAUGUCUAUUCCAGCGUGUCCAAGUUGAUAUCAAAGCAAUUAUGUUGUAAAAAUGACAUUUAUCACAAGUUGUUUUAGGUUAUGGUAGCAAGGAGGGUGCUACUAGUCACUACACGUGUUGGAAGACUUCACUUGGUCGAUGAACUCUCCUUUCCUUAUGCUAUAGAUGGCAGAUCAGCAAGCAGCCAUGUUUGGAGAGUGCUGCUUUGAUGUUGGUGAUGUAAAAAUUACAAUGGGUACAGGAACCUUCAUGGACAUCAACACCGGAAGCAAACCCCAUACAUCUGUAGCAGGUAAAACAAGAAUGCAUCUUAGAGUUUUUCCAUAGAUCAGAGGAUUUUCCCAGAGGCACACUUGUAGCCUAUGUUUCUUUGCAGGUCUGUACCCUCUGGUUGGAUGGAAGAUUGGCCCAGAGGUGGUUUAUUUGGCAGAGGGAAAUUCAGCAGACACAGGGACUGCUAUCAAAUGGGCUCAGGAGCUUGGUGAGUGCACAUUAAGAAUGCAUUAAGAUAAUUAAGAUAACUUCUCUAUCAUCUGAUCUGCAUGAAUUUGUGGCUUCUGAUUCAAAAUUUCAAGUUAACAUUAAAUAUCCAACUGAAUCUUUUGUAGACAUCCUAAAUAUUUCAGUAACCGAUUCACACACACAUUACCUCUGAAUGUGUGGGUUGUUGUAGAGCUCUUCUCUGACGUUCAGGGGACCAGCGCCAUGGCGUACAGCGUCAGUGACUCAGACGGAGUGUGUUUUGUUCCCUCCUUCAGUGGCCUGCAGGUAGAUGAUGAUUAUGGGAACAACGUGCAUGUUUAUGUUUGUCAAAAAAACGUUUAGAAAGUUUUGUGUUUGCGUGUCUGAAUUCUUUUCCCACUCAUGGACUGUUCCAUCAAAAACUACAUUUCACAUAGCAACAGUUACUGAGUCAGAACAAUGUGCUGAAACUACACAAGCUUUCUAUCAACUGCAUGACAGCCAGCAGAUUGACUAUUUACACAGAGAAAACUGUAAACCCAACUGACUGAGUUUGGGCCAUUUCCAGUCCAAAAUCUCUUACUUCACUCAAUAUGCUGAAAGUUACUGUGACAGGACAGACUAAAUAAACCUUGGCCAAGAAUAUUUUAAACCAUUUUUCUCUGAGUAAAGGUCUCUUGAAUGAGUAAUACUCUUGUUUUAGGGAACUCGUGAAGGAAAUCAUGCUUGACAUUAGAUAAGAUCAUAUUUUAUGCGGAAAUGUAGCUGUUUCAACCCCCCACUGCCAGAGGCUGGGGUAAAGUACAUUAUACUUUUCUUUUUUGAAUUUCAUUUAAACUUUGGAAACACUUUAUUUGACGCCUAUCUCUAUAACGCAUUAUAAAUAUACAUAUAGUGCAUUAUAAUCAUGUUAUAGCACUGUAUAACUAUAGUUAUAAACACUCAUAAAUGAUCAUAAUGCUUUACAGCAAUAAUCAUAACACAAUAUAAAGCAUUUUAUUAUGACUUACAAGGUCAGGUAUUAUAAUGUGACAAUGCCCACAUAAUAAUAAUAAUAAUAAUAAUAAUCUUUAUUGUCCCCAGGGGGGAAAUUUGCUUUCACAGGUCUUAUUCUAACACAAAACAGGAGUACAGACAACACAUACCAUAUGACACAAAACAUAUUACAAAGACAGGCCAUGAGAACCCCCCCAGAAUACAUAGAGACCAUCCUAGCGGUGAGGCAGUUUAAGCUUGUUUACUGCAGCGAUGGCUGUUGGGAUGAAACUCUUACUGAACUGAACCCUCUUCCACCUGUAUCUGCGGCCUGAUGGCAUGAGGUCGAAGUGACAUAGAUAAUGCAACGCAACUGUUGUUAACAGUUAUAAAAAAUUAUAAUACCAAACCUUGUAUAUAUGCCCAAACCACCAUUCCCGGUGGUGUUUUACUAUAAGCAAGGCUCACCCUGCUCACCCCUGCACUUUCACACAUGCAGCUCAGUAGAGUGGAUUAGAGAUGGCGAGUUGGCGACAGCUGCAUCAAACAUUAUCACAUUAUCACUCAGCUUGCUCACAGAGAUCCUUGAGACUAGACUGGGGCAUCUCUACUUUGUCCCCCAAAGCUAAAAACUCAUGAAUCCUUUUCAUUGUUUUAACAUCUUUUGUCUCCUAAUAACUUGAUUCUGUGUCUUUUUUAUUUCUCUGCCCUCCAUUGUGAUCUGGCGUUUGUAAGUUCAUGUCCUCAAUGUUUACAGUUCAUAAACUAGAUAAAGAUGUUGUAACACCAUCAGUUCUGUGGAGUUUGUACAGUCUGUAGUUGUGUGUAUAGAAAAUAUGUUAGCAGUGCAGAUUACUAUACACCUUUAGAUUUGAUUGUAAUUUUAAAAAGACAAAAGAAAAUGUAAACUUUUAUCACCUCUAUUUAUCCAAAGGCUCCUUUGAAUGACCCCAAAGCCUGUGCCUCUUUCAUGGGCCUCAAACCUUCAACCACCAAGAGUCACCUGGUCCGAGCCAUCCUGGAGUCUGUUGCUUUCAGGUGAGAUCCCUUCAGUAAGAAUGACUUCAGCUGUCAAACAUAAUGUCAUUAUCACUUAGUUUUCUCCAUCUUUGCAGAAACAAGCAGCUGUACGAGGUGAUGCUGAGGGAAACUCACAUCCCUAUCACAAAGAUCAGGUAUUGGAUCAGGAUUUUUUUCUAAACCCUGUGUGUGUAUUUGAAAUCUGAUUGAGGUUUAUAAGUGUGUGAUUAGACCCAACACUUUCACCUCACUGCUCUGUGGUAGCCCAGCUUCAAGAUAUGAUUGAAGGAUUUGGACUUUAGCCAACACAGGGGAGUAACUGCAUGCACUCUUGUGUACACUCCCUCUACUAAUGCAGUCCAACUUUUUUUUUUAUCAGCAAUGCAUUAUAGGUGUAUGUUUCCUCUCUGAUGCUGUUACAGUAAGUGAGUUGCAGUCUAAUUGAGUGCUGGGUUUUUCUCUCAGGAUGGAUGGAGGAGUUUCCUCCAAUGACUUUGUCAUGCAGCUGACUGCAGACCUGUUUGGCAGGAAGGUGGCCAGACCCCAGCACCAUGAAAUGUCCUGUUUAGGGGCCGCGUUUGUCGCUGGACUUGAAGUCGGUACGCAGACACACUUUUCCACACUGCAUGAAGAUCAUAACGGGUGUCAUCUAUAAUUUAUAUUCGAUGAUAACAGCCUUGUCGCUGAAACGCUGUGUAAUGUGAAGAUGAAAAAGCAGCUUUGUCAAACACUUCAGUCUACCGUCACUUUCACUGCUGUUCUAUAAAAUAUUUAAAAAUACUCAGUCAUGACAUCAAGCAUCCUUUUGAGAAGGUGUGAUCAGAAGUCCUAUUUUUAUUUUGGGAACUGGGAGAAAAAGGAACUGAGACGCCGCUCUCCGUUAUGUAACCUGUUUUCCAUUUGAUUAUUCACAUUAUGUAAUUAGAUUAUUGUACAUUAGUCAGGGCUUAAGUAAAUCAAACAUGCAAGCGAGAUGGAGCCAAAAGCAGGAGGUGCUAAUGCCUGAAUAUUCAUGUGAAUGAAGUGUUUGAGGAGGGUUGAUUUUCAUUUGGUCAGUAACCAGUACAGACCGUUGAAUGCUGAUCAAACCGGGAGAAGAGACUUGUUUUUAGCACCUAAAUGGGCACAAUCCUGCAUUUUCCUUUGUGUAAAACACCUCUACAGACAUUGUGUUGAUACUUUGAUCUCUAAUUUUGUCGGUCUUGCAGGCUUCUGGAGAACCAGGGACGAGCUGAAGAAGCUGCAGAGCACCGACAAAGUGUUUGUGCCCAGAGAAGCACCUCAAUUUUCCCAUCUUCCUGGCAGCAGAAAUGGAGAAUACCUCCCAGUUCUCCAGAGCUGGGAGAGAGCUCUGAAGCGAUCCAUGAACUGGUACAACAAGACUUGAGCCUGGAAGAUUCAGGGUUUGGACAAGUCUGGCACUUGAACAUGUCUUAAGUUUAAAAAAAAAAUCCAAAGGUCCAUUUCAUGUCUGACUGUGGUUAAAGUGUUGUCGGUCUUUUACAUGCGUAGAAAGCUCUCCCUCUUCUUCACUUUGUUUCUUUGCUCUCAGCAGUCUGAUCUGACCUUUUAUUUCAUUUUCAUCUGGUGCCACGAGUAACUCCGCAUUUUACAGUAUCUAAUCCAAUUGAAAAACAGCGCAUCUGUCCACGUGGGGGCGCUAAUGGCUACUUUUACAGCUUUUUAAUUUAUGAACUCUGCCAUAGCAACCACACGCCACAUGCUAGUAAGCGGUCACAGAGUCAAAUCAGUGAUAUGUCAUUCAUAAUGGAUCUUCUGUUAGGAAGAAGACAGGCCUUCUGUUCAUGAUGCCUCAGAACUAUAGGAAUUUUAAAUAGGAAUGGAUCUAUAAAUCCCCUCUUCUUGAUUCAGAGGAAAAAUCUGUCAUCUUUUAACUGAACACAGCUAACUCUAACUAAAUAUUUUUACAUUAUUUUGUUUUAUUCUAACUGGAACAAAAUCUGAAUGUUGUUUGAAAUCCUGCUGAAUUAGAAAGCUUUAUCAUCUGCUCCUGCGAUGCAUCACGCAUCUCCCUCCUUAAGAACAGGGUAAUACUGUGAUGGGAAUUUUUAUGAGAUGAUUUGACAGAUUUUGGACAUUUGAGGAACUUGGCUAUGCUGCUGUCAUAAACUGUCACAGAAAUCUCAGAUUUUCCUGUGAACAACAUGAAGGUGUACAUGUUUACAAUAAUGUCUUGUAUAAAAGUAAUGACCUGUUAUCUCGUGAACUUUUCUGUGUUGAUGAUGAUGUUUCAAUCGUGAUGUCGUCUUGUGAUGACUUAGGUAUUUUUUUUUACCUGAUGAACUUACUGACAAACUAAAAACACUUUUUUGUGUCAUGAUUAAACUCUAAUAAUUUCUCAGGAUGAGUUAACUCAUUCUUGGGUUAGUGCUCUUGUUGUUCAUACUUUCAGCCUUUCUUAACACUGUGUUUUUUCACAUGUAAAAGGUUUGUUCAUGCUCAAUGCAUUUGCUAACAUCUCAGCAUUCAUUUUAUAACUCUUUGUAACUCAUUCAGUUCUUGAAUGGAAAUGUUAUCCCGAACUGCAGGGAAAUAUGAGAUAAUUUAUCAUUUUGUGACCAAAUUGGAUUAAAGUAUCAUCUUCUCUGUAUGA